AUGUCAACCCAAGAGAAGAAACGUGCUUGGGCGGACGACGUUGACAGUCCCAUCUCCAUUGCAGGCUCUUCUUCUCCGUCGCGUCCGCCGCUCAAGAAAAGAUUCACAGGCUUUAGCAGUGCUACGGCCGCGCCUUACACGCCGGCUUCCACAACGGUAUCCAAUGAACCCACUGCACCAGAACCGUCUCCAACCCCACUGGAAUCACCUACUGUACAGACCGACGAAUUAGAUACUAGUUUGACGUUUCCCGAGAAUGUCUCCAAAACUGUACUGUUACGCCGCAUGCGCAAAGUCAAGGAAAAUGUCGCUUUGCUGGAAAAUCGAAUGGAGACCAUGACCCAGGAUGAGAAUCGUACCAAAAGCAGUCAAAGUAUUGUUAGAAUACAUUACAACAUGCUGCGGGACGAACUGAUCUUUUCUGGCAAAUCGCUGUUUGACGUGGACGACUCUUUGAUUCCAGAACUACCGGAGGACCCUGCCAUUACAGGUGAACAUUUACAAGAAAGUCUCGAUAUCAUUCGUCAAGCGCUUAUUGCUUUGGCUUCGCGAGUAUUGGAGCCUAUCCAAAACUGGACGACCAAAGCAAAUGCAUUGGAAGAUGCUUUGAAAGCAACGAAUGAUGGAGCGGCGCAUCAAAAUUUACUACAGCCAUGGUCACAGUCCGAGAUCAAGGAUUUACGAUCGUCGACGGAUCGAACUCAUAAAUUAGUAAGCGAGAUGCGGAAUCAACAUGAGGCGCUUUCGAUACAGACCAACGGCGUGAAGAAUCAGCUCCAGACAACGACCGAUCGGUUAACGAGUAUGAGGGAAGCAUUUGACGAUUGUAUACAGAAAUUGGUGCAAGCGGAAAAACGAUACGAUCGAUCGAAAAGUGCGGUGGUCGCCUCACUCGCUUACGGUGGUUUGGGCGAUUUGGAAAUGCAGGCAGCGAAUGGGAAAUUAUCCUCGCCACCCGCCGAGGGCAACGCUAGGACGUCGACGGUUGCCAAAGAGACGAAACCGGUGACCCCAGGGUCCAUUGCUGACCAAGCCAUCCAAUCACAAUUGAACGAACAUCAGCUGAUUGUGGACGCACGGAAAAAGGAAAUGGAAGAUUUAAAGCGAGAACGGGAACAAUUGUUAUCCGAUAUAGAAAGCUUGAAAUCACAAUUUUUGACCAUAUCGGAUGAACAGCUUUUGGAAACCCAGUACGUCAAGAAUCUGCAGCUAUCCAUCGACCAUUAUCGAUCGCGUCUUCACUAUUUGGAUCAUUGGCGAACGCGCCUGGAAAAGGAUCUAGAUAAUGAUUCGAUCGAAAGGCGUCAAAUUAUGGAUCAGGCCAAAAAUGAAAAGAACGCUCAAACUCAGUCCCUGGAAGCCGAGAUGAAACGUCUGGAAAACGAUUUAACACGUAUUCGAGGGCAACGGGACCAGUUUCAAACAUUGCUCAACGAACUGACGAACAGGGAUAAUCGUGACAGAGCCAUGAAUGAUCAAGUUCGUCUGUCAGCCGAUGAAGCAAAGCAACAUGUAGACGAGCUGGAGCUACAUUUACGAACAUUACAAGAGACCAUGGCAUCCUCAUCGCAAGACAAGGCUGGACCGCUUGCGAAUGAAUUGGCGAUGUUUACACAAUUGAAAGACAAUUUAGAUCAUGCACGACGUACGCUGGAAGCUUUAAAAAGACAAAGUCAACAAGAUGUGAUGAAUACGCGAUCGCUGCAAGAAGCACAGCAUGUACACAGGUCACAGGUUGAAAGUAUUCAAAAUAAGCUUCGCAUCUGGAUUGACGACGGCGAGAAGCUACCUACUUCCAUCAGAACAUUGAUGAAGCAAUUGAACGACUUGUCCACCCAGUACAAUCAACUGCAGCUCAUGAUUGAUUUCUAUGAUAGCUAUGAGACCCAAUUGCUUCAACAGAUUGAUCGGGCCGCCGCUAUGUAUGGUAAAUUAGACGAGCAAAGUGCAAAAAUUUCCAAACAAUGCGACAAGCGGGAGUGCAAACUCAAGCUGCAGGCCGAGAAAUCGAAAUUUGCCCAGACCUUUCCGGCCUUGAAAAUGGCCAAAGAUAAACAAAUGGCAACGGUAGCUUCUCUAAGGCGUACAAGCGAACAACAACGUGAACACUUGCGACAAUUGGAAGAACGCGGAAAAGCGGUUGAAAAGCAACUGGAUGACAAGGAGAAUGAGGUGCGGUCGACGGCCAAAGCAGUAGAAGAUUGUCGUGUGGAGAUCGAAGACGUUACGUUGCAAUGUGGCGAAUGUAAAAAUACACUGGACGAAUGUGAAUCCCGUGUCCUGGAGCUCCAAAAACUAUUGAAAGAAAAAACGCGAGCGUUCGAGGAAGAAAAACAUCUACGCAAACGUGUUGAUGAAGAUUACGAGAAAAUGAAACGUAAAUGGGAUAUGAUUUCACAAGGCCAUAAUCCAGCAGAGCAAGAAUUAGCGGCGGAAGUGGAAGAACUCAGAGCCCUUCUGAAAUGCAGUGCUUGUCGAACCAAUUUUCGGAGUCGUCUUCUGGGAAGAUGUAUGCAUACGUUUUGCAAAGAAUGUAUUGAAGCACGUUUAGAUACCAGACAACGACGAUGUCCGUCUUGUGGUGAAUCUUUUGGCGUGGGCGAUGUCCGCCACUUUUAUCUCUAA